AUGGAGACUUGUUCACCUAGCAAGCGACGCGCGCUCGCUCCCCUCGACUCCAACGCGCUGGCCCCAAAGACACUGUUCAAAGCCCCCACGGCAAACACCUCGAGCGGCAUCAGUCCCGUAAAGAUGGCCAUCGAAGGGAGGAAGAGACUUCUCGAGAUGGAGAGCGCGGCGGCUGCUGGUCCAGCGGGGAAGAAGGCGUGUCUAGGACGUGACGAGGACGCGUCUGAGAGGAGUAAUAGUCCCGAUGUCAGUUCUGUAUUCGACACGUCUGCCGGCGACGCUUCUUGGGCUACGGCUGCUACUGAACACGACGGCGCUACAACGGUGGCUCGUACAUCGACAUCAGCACCCGCAUCACCAGCACCUACAAGAGGAACCCUAACGCGGCAACAAGUAAGACAAAGAGCAGAGACCCUUCGACUCCGACUCAGCCUCGCAAACUACAAGCUCCGCACAGGUCAGACGGCCGUGCCCCUCGCUGAGCUGCAGCGUCGUCCCCUCCUCCCGCGCGCCAUCAACGUUCGGUCGCCGACGCCGCCACCACCCGCUGCGGUUCCCGAGUCUGAAAUUGGGGAAAAGGACCGUCGGUCUUCGACGGAUUCUCAGCGGACAGAGGUUAUGCCUUCUGAAGGAGAAGAAGAGACAAAUCAAUGA